CUGAAAGCUCGGGCUGCAGCCGAGACAUGUGGCCAUGUGGUUCCAAAACCGGCCGCACAAGGCUGGAUCAUAAAGCAGUUGGAGAAGGGUUACAGCCUUCUCAAGGCCAAUCAUGAUGCUCUCAAGCACAAUUGGCCUAAAACAGCUUAUUUUAUUUUAUCUUGUUUGUUUUGUGCUGCAAAUUACAAGCUGGAAUCACAACUAAACAGUGAUGAUGAAGGCAAAAUAUGCAUCAAACAAGAGCCUUUGGCGUCAACUGAUGCCGAAAUGGAAGGCAGUCCUGAAGAAAUUCAUUUAAGUUCUCUUGCUAAAAAAUGUGAUCAUGAGGCUGAAAAUUUUGAGAUGAAUGAGAAAGAAAUCAAAAUUGGGUACCCCUCGGCCUUUUGCAACAAACCGAAAGAUGGAUAG